UUUAUGUGUCUAACCACUGAUUCUAUUUGAAUAAGCAUUAAAUAAGUUUUGCAAAAAUGUUUUUGCAAUUUUACUUGGACGAAAACGGUAAACGCGUGUAUACUUUAAAAAAGGAAAAUCCCACCGACGGUUCAACUCCAACCAAGUCCGCACACCCAGCAAGGUUUUCACCCGAUGACAAAUAUUCAAGGCAAAGAAUUAUAAUAAAACGAAGAUUUGGACUUUUGUUAACGCAGCAACCACAAAGUAUGAUGUAAAUAGCGAAAAGUUAAACAUGGAAAGUCAAGAACUAUGUUGCCAAACGUCUAAUUUUGAUGUACAUAUUGUAUAUAAACUUUUGUUAAAAUAUCAACAACAAAAUAAUUAUUUUAGUCUUAGCCAUCAUUGCAAAGGCUUGUGUAACAGCUUAUCACAUUUAUUGCAUACACAUAAGUCUUUGCAAAACCCUGGGAAACAAUGGCUAUGUAUUUCAUCAAUAUUAUUACAUUUUACAAUACUUGAAAAACUGUUUUUGUUGCUAAACCAAUGUAGUGAUUACCUAUCUAAUUGUACUGUCCAGUGUCCACUGCUUUUGCGUACCUUACUGGAAUUCACCAAACUGGGUUCUCCUAUAGUUUACUAUUCAUCUUUUAAAACAAUUGAAGUUGUAUUGUGUACACUAAAAAAACAUGAGCACUGCCAUGUUGUUUUUUAUUCUCAGUUAACCAGUGCUUAUCAAUGGAUACAAGAAUUAAAUCUUCAUGAAAGUGAAAAUGUGGACACCAUUAACAUAUCAUGCAGUUUUUAUGCUAAAGUUGUAAAAAAUGUGGAGAAUGAAGAGGAAUUGAUAAAACAGCCACAUUUGGCAAACAUGAAAUGGUUGUCCAAUAUGUUAAGCAAAGUAUGUGAACCUACUUCCAUUCAGUUUUUGGAAUUAUGUCGUAUUAUUUACUCUAUUCCUGGAAAGUCAAGCCAUUUCCAUAGUUAUAUGUUGCAGUUAUACAAUGUCCUUCUUGGGCGGCUCACAAACAUUUCUUAUACUACAAGACCUUAUUGCAUAGCUCUUUUGAAAGAUUUUCUACCAUGCCAGCCCUGUGUGGAAAAGGGUUAUGAAAUGGUGGCUAACACGCUUCUUAAAACUGUUCAAAAAUUUCUAAAUGCAAUUGAAUAUGAAUAUUCUGAAAGCGAAGUGGUCAAAAUCCAUUUUGGUGGGUAUGAGUUGCAGGAAAAUUGUGCCUAUCCAAUGACUGCAUCAGAAUGUAUUGACCUUAUCAAUAGUUGCCUUAGAGCAAGUGCCAUCAUAUGUUGUGCAUGCCCUUCAGAUAUCAACACAUGCAUAUCGCAAGACCGACAUAUAUUAUCACUCCUGUUUCCCUUUCCUAAAAUGUCAACCAUUCUUUCUAAAAUGUUAGACCUUUUUAUGGAACAAGAUGAUGGGUUAAUGGAAUUCUUGUUGCUUCAUCUGCAAACGUUUAUCAAAUGUGUUCAGUUUAAAAUCUAUCUAUUUGAUCCACAUGAAGCAUUCAUCUCUCUUCAGAUCAAACUCUCAUUUGACUUCUCGGUCUUGUUAGAUUGGCUGAUGUCAAAUGAAACGGAUUUUCUUUUAUAUUUUGUGAAAUACCUAAAAUACUUACAAACCUCUCCUGAAAGAUUUUGUGAUUCAUGUAAGAUAAUGGGGCAUGUAAAACACCAGGUUUUAAAUGAACUUGCAAACCUAAAACUACGUAUUGCCAAGUUGCAUAUGAAAGAAUUGUUUCCUUACAAUCCGCAACCCCUGAUUAAGAACUUAGAGAAUGUCAUUAAAUUAACUCGCUUGUAACAAUUUUUGUAUUAAAUUUAACAUUGAGAUGCAUGAUUGAUAAAAUAUUUCAGGUCAUGACAUGUUCUUUUGAGAUCUUGUGCUAUAGCCGUGACUUCCAGUAGAACAUUCAGAUUCCGAUCGCAACUUUCUUGUGCUUUGCUCAACCUUUAGGGGGUGUGUUAUUUUACAAAGAGUUUCUUUUUGUUUGCCUUCCAAAAUUGGAGUGAGUGGUUUGAUGUCAACAACACAUUUU